GGCGGGGCUGGAUUGACAACAGGCGGGGCUGGGUUGACAACGGGUGGGGCUGGGUUGAUAACAUGUGGAAUGUUUGCAGGUGGAGGUGGAGGCAAAAUAGCUGGACAAGACCCCAUGUGAUUGUAGCAUUCAGAUUCUCCUUUAAAACACUGCAUACACAUCCAACAAAUAUGGGCACCACAGUUACAUGUCAUAUGCAGGCAACCUCUAUUCUUCUCAAUUGGGGUAUGACACUUUGGACAUUUUUUCCUAUUAUCUGGGUCUUCUCCAUCCACUCCAAUAGCUCUUCAUCACUUUUCCUGCUAGCCUUGUAGACGUCACAACUUAGACCGGCAUGGUAUUGCUCAUGGCAUUUAGAGCAUGUGCUCACUGAACAGCUACUGCAAAUGAAUUCUCUGCUAAUCUCUGUCUGCAUGUAGAUCAUCUUGCAGUCUGGGGUGGGGCAAUUUUUGUAGGCAUCGGUGUUCUUCUCCAUAAAGCUUUGUAUAGCUGCAGAAACAAGGACUGGCAUUCG